CUGUACAGACGUAUUAUGACACCAUCAGUUGUAAAUUCAUUGAUUGCCAGUUUGUGGAUAUUCUCUUUCAUUAUAGCUGCUUUACCUUUCGUGUACUUUAAUGACUGGGAGAAAGGUGUCCGAUGCAGCUUUGCCUACCUUUUGCACGACUGGUUGUAUCUCGUGUCUGGUGUCACUGAGUAUUCCUGCAUGGUUAUCUCGGUCUUUCUGUAUGGUCUGAUUUUAAGGAAAGCUCGACAAGUGUACGCCAAAUCCUUAAAGAAAGCAACGGAGGGUCCUGACAAUGAACGCAACAGAAAAAUUAUAAAGAACAUCCGCUCAGCUAAAGUGAUGGGCUACGUCACUUUGGCUCUCAUCGUGAGUUGGAGUCCUUACAAAGUGUAUCAAAUACGAUAUGGUUUUGGUAUAACCUCGGAUUUUAGCUUCAACCUCUCUAGCUGGCUUGUGUUUCUUGGAAUCUUCAACAGCGUGGUGAACCCUUUCAUCUACGCCUACCAGCGACAAGACUUCAGAAAAGGAUGCCAAAAAUUGUUUGGUUGCUAUGGACAGGAAAGGUUGUCCAAUACAUCAAACGGCGAAGAAUCGAGUCGUUAUUAACCCACUGAUUUAAAUUGAUUACAUUUGAGAAUGAAAUCCUUUGAACUAAAGUUCCGAAAUCAACGAAAAAAAAAUUAAAUAAAAUGAUAUGGUCUAAAAAUACCUUAAGGACAGAUUAUACAAACAAAAAAUGGAUGCCUCCAGUUUGAACUAAAACGACCCCCUCACUCCUUUGCACGAUCUCAUAAACUCAUGCAAUGACUCUUUUAAUAUAUGUAAUUUUAAAAAGGACAUGUAUUGUGAAUUCACUGAGUUUUAUAUUUACAAUCGCUUUGUGCAAUACAUUCUAUGUACAUGUACUUCUGGUUGUUGCAGAUGCAUGUCUUCACUUUCAUAUUUAAAUGACAGGGAUAUGACAUUAAUGUCUUGAGAUGGAUCCUAAUUGGUUUUCGUAGUGCAUAUUCGCCGUGAUAUAUCAAUUGCGCAGUAUGACACAAAUUAACAAAGAUCUUGAUUUGUAAUUCAAUUUUAUAGUUAACAGAAAAUAAACAUCAGUAGCAGACACAGGGUGAUUCAGUUUCCUGUACCAAUAUAUCAUUUUAAUCCGAAAUGAGUGCGCAAAGGAUUGUCGGUUAUUCGUAUUCUGUUGUCAUAUGUUGUCAUUUUAGUCUCAUUAAAGUGUACAAAGUCUA